AUGUCCAGGGCAUCGAAGCUUACGCUGGCCGCGACAUCGCUGUUCGCCGCCAGCACCAUUGCCAUGCAUCAGGGAGUGGUACGCGACAUCGAACAGCAGCGUAUCAAACGAGAACGCCAACUCGACUUCGACAUGCAGCGCGCCCUCGAGGAGGACUACAAGCGUGAGCAGACCGUCAGAGAUGCAACGGCGCCCUCACAACCCAGCGCAAGUGGCAUACAAACAUAA